AUGGAUCAUGAUACGGAAAACAAAGGGAAGACUAAUUUUAUUGAUUUGGAAAAACAUUGGAGUACUAUUCUCGAAAAAGGAAUAGAUCAAUUGACUGAUGCCCAAAUAACUGGUUUGAAAUUCAAUUCUCUAGAUGAUGGUGGAGAGUUUUAUGACACAUAUGCAAAGUUGGUUGGGUUUAGUUUUCGCAAAGAUGAGAUAAAGCGUAAUAAAGAUAACAUUGUGACCUCUAGAAGAUGGGUUUGUGCAAAGGAAGGAUUGCGAAUUAGGAAAAAUGAGUCCAAUUUAAAUUGCAUGCGUGAGAGACCAAUAACAAGAAGUGGUUGCAAGGCCGCUUUUCGUAUUAGGUUUGAACGAAAGUUAGGUGAAUGGGUGGUAGGAGAGUUUAAAAGGGAGCAUAAUCAUGACUUAGUUCCGUAA